AUGCGGUUUUUAAAAGCCGUGCAGAAAAUAAACCCGGAAUUCGUGAUUGAAGAAAUAAUUUUUGUCCCUGGCCAACACAUAGAUUCGGCGAUAUCGGCGCAAAAGUACAAGAAGCCUCUUAAGUUAUCAACAGUUUCACAGGCGCCGCCUGAGUUGGUAUCAAAAAGCACAGAUUCACCGAAAAAACAAUCGACUCUGCGCAAGGCAAAACCUUCAUUAUCGGAGCCGAUAGCAACAAACGGUGAAGUAAUAAAAGUGGAAGCUCACGGGCGCACAGCCACUUCGGGCACAAUACCAGAAAUACCCUUCGGUACUUACUUUCUUCCAUACCAAGCGCACACCCAAAAAGAUAUCACAAAGACUUCAACAUUAAUACUGGAACCGCAUUCAAAAGCUGUGGUAGGAAAUGGUGGUACGGCUGUGUCUACACCUAUUUCGAAGGCCUUCCUAAAACGGGGAGUUCCCACCAACGUUUACUUCAAUCCCGAGUCUGUGGCAAUAGCCGGAGUUGGUGGCAAAGCGCAUGCUCAGGCCGACUUGGAGCUCGAUUUGGUGGACUCGGACUCGCGGAAAUAA